AUGCCCACGUACUACGCGCAGCGCACGUCGCCGGGUGGUCUCCUCAUCUCGGAGGCCACGCCCAUCUGCCCGGAAAGCCGCCCCAACAUUGCCGCGCCAGGUAUUUACUCGGCCCGACAUGUGGCAGCGUGGCGCCCCAUCACGGACGCGGUGCACGCCAACGGUGGCUUUAUCUUUCUUCAAAUGUGGCACGUCGGCGGCUCGUCGCACCCGGUCUUUGACAAGGAAGGGCGCGCGCCACCGUCGUCGGCGGCCGUCCAGUUCCUUGGUCCGCCUGCCAACACGCCGAACGGCCCGCAGCCGCGCGUUGUCUCGCGCAUGCUCUCGACCGACGAGGUGCAAGAGCUCAUCUCGUUCUACGUCCGGGCGGCGACGCUGAGUAUUGAGGCGGGCUUUGGCGGCGUCAAAAUCCAUGGUGCCAACGGCUACAUCCUCGAGCAGUUCCUCAACGAUACGCUCAACAGCCAACGCAAUGAGCAAUACGGCGGGUCGCUCGAGAACCGUAUUCGCCUUGCGGUCGAAGUCACCAAGGCCGUCGUCGCCGCGUUCGGCGCCGACUGCGUCGGUAUCCGCGUUCGGCGCCGACUGCUCAUCAACGGCGCGUACAACUCGGACCCGAUCGGGACGUACUCGGCGCUCCUCGAGCAGCUCAACCCGCUCGGCCUUGCGUACGCCCACCUUGUUGAGCCACGCAUCGAGCUUCGCUAA